AUGGGAAAUAGUUCAAUAAAAUCAUCAAAUAAAACAAAUAAGAAAAAAAACUUUUUCUGUUGUUGUACUUCAUCAUAUUCAUUAUCUUCAUUUUCAAAUGAUGAAAAAUAUUAUCCAACAUUUGAUCGAAUUUUAUCGACUAAUGAACAGUAUUCAACAUCGAUGAAUAAAUCUGAUAAAAAACAUAUAUAUUAUUGUCAAUCUAUUGAAGAUCUGCAGAAAUCUCUUCAUGGUACAACUAAUAUUAAUCAAUGGAUUGAUUCAUUACCUAUUCUUGGUACACCAUCAUUAUAUCAUAUUAAAACAAAACAAAUUGAAUGUCAAUUAAUAAAUGAUGAUAAUGAACAAUUCGAACAGAUUUUAAUAACAAAUAAAUCAAAUCGUGAAUUUUUAAAUUUAACAAAAAAAUUUCAUUUAAAUUUUUAUUUAAAAGAUUAUUUGAAUCGUUUAAAAACUUCACAAAUAAAACAAACAUUUAAAAAUCAUUUUUCAUCAUCAAAAAUUAUUUAUCCUUGUAACGAUACCAGUCAAAUUUUAGUUGAUGAUUUAAAUUUACUUUUAAUAUCACCACCAGAAUCAAUUUUACCUACUAUAUUAAUAAAUUCAAAUAGUUCAUAUAAAAUUCAUGAACAAAUACGUUCAAAAUGUUAUUUUAUACCUUUAACUAAAUGCAAAAUUGAACCAAAUGAUGAUGAAUAUAAACAAAAAUCUAUUGAAUUAGAUCGAACUCAUUGUGUUAUUACAUUAGAUAAUAAUAAAACAAUAAAAAUGACUGAAACAUCUACGCAUAUUGAAUCGUUAUUUAUAUUUGUAUCAAAUGAUUUGUUUCAAACAGGUUUUAUUCAGAUUAAUCAAGAAAAAAUUACUAAAGAAUUUUUACCAUUUAUUUCUUAUUGUCCAGAAGAAAAUGUUUCUUAUUUAUCAUCGAAUUUAAUUCAACAAUGGUUUAAUACAUUAUUACUUGUUAAUCAAACAUGUGCUAUUGUUAAACGAUUUUUAAUCGGAAAUGGAAAUCAUAUGACUUGUCUACUAAAAGAACAAAUGAAACAUUCAUCAAAUAAAGAAAAUACAUCAUCUUCAUCUCGAACUAAUUUAACAUUUGCUUCAUUACGUCUUCCAUCAUGUACACAACAGACGGAUCCUCAAGAAGAAACAAUUAUUGAUGCAUUUUCUCCAGUAUUUUUAUCUGAUAAUAAAAAAAUAUCCAAGAAUACUAUUCAUAUUGAUUAUGAACAAUAUUCAUUUGGAUUUGUUCUGUGUCGUUGGCCAAAAAUUUUAAUUGAUAAUUAUUAUACAAAUCCUAAUCGUUAUUCAAAACGUCAAUGGCCAUCAAAAUCUCAUAUGAAUAUAUUAAUAAAUAAAUCAUUAUUACUCAUACCAAAUGAACAUACACAUAAAUGGGAAAUUAAUUUUGAUUUAAUUGAAGAAAAUUUAUUUGAAUUAAUGAAUGAAUCAACAUUAUUUUUUUAUAUUCUUUGUCAACAGCUAUUCUCGUCAACAUAUUCUACACGUAUAAUAAUAAAACAUUGUUUUUUAAAUUAUUUAGAAAAAUAUGGUUUACCAUUUUCAAAUAAUCAAAAUAAUAUUUUAAGUUUAAUAACAAAAUUUCUCAAUGAUUUAUCUCAACAAAUCAAUAAAAAAUUUAUUUCGAAUUAUUUUAAUCAUGAAAUAAAUCUUUUAAAUUCAAAUGAAAAUUAUAAUCAAUGGUUUAAUUAUAUAAAUAAAUGUUUUCAUGAUCAUAUCUAUUUAACAGCAUCACCAUCAUUAUUAAUACCUACAUCAAAUCGUUCAAUAAUUAUUGAAUUUUUAUUUGAUUUCUAUCGAACAUUUCAUUUAAAACGUUCCGAAUUUUAUUUAAACGAUAAAAUACUUUUAGAUUUACAUAAACAAUUAUGUGAAAAUUUAUCAAAUGAUUUCUUAAAUAAUAAACAAAUUCUUGAUAAUAUACAAAUGAAUUUAACAUAUGAAUUUGAAACAAAUGCUGAAUUAAUACAUACUUGUUUAAAUCAAAUACGUAAAGCACAAACAUCAUUAAUAUUUCAUUAUACAUGGACAAUUUUUAUACAAUAUAUACAUACUUAUUAUAAUGUUUUAUGGAAUAUUGAUUGA